UAUCAGUUGUCUUCCAUCGAUCACCAGGAAAGAUGAUCGUCAAUAUUUUUGUGGCUGUUUUUAUCUUAGGCGUCUCCGCAAUUAAUGUUGUAACUGGUGCUUCAUUCUCUAAAGUAUUCGUACAAGGCGGACGAGAAGUAGUGCCAGUUGAAUACUUACAAUAUGGCGCUCCAUCAAUCGCCGUAGCAGGAUCACAACUAGCCCAAAUAUCUGCAGCCCCUGUAGGAUCAGUAGUACCAAAUCUAGUCGCGCCAUGUGGAACGCCCUGUAUAUAUCCGGGGCAAUCAAUAGCCCCGGCCACUACAAAUGUAGUAACAUAUAAGUCCAGUGUUCCAGUAGUUGUCACAAAUAAAGAGGACGCUACCGGUUACGAAUAUUCAUAUUUAGUGUACGAUGAGAACACAGGUGAUCAUAAAACACAACACGAGCUGAGCGACGGGUCAGUGGUUCGCGGAGGAUACUCCCUUAUUCAACCUGAUGGUUAUAUUCGUGAAGUAAAAUACGUAGCUGAUGAUCUGACAGGGUUUAACGCGGUUGUCAAAAAGUUCUUGCCUGUAAACGUAGAAAAGAAAAUAGAGCAUCACGAAAAAUCGCAUCCAGACCCACCGUGCCAUGAAGUGAAAAAUGAACAAUUAAAGGUUGAAACCAAAACAGAACACAGUGAGAGUCAUCAUGCCCCAAUCGUAGAAGAGCAUCAUGAAACGAAAAAUGAAGAAAGUUCUGAGUCAUCAAGUGAAGAAUCUCAUGAAGAGAAACCUACCGAAAACAACCAUGAAGAAAAAGAAAGUUCUGAAUCCGAAUCAACUGAAGAAUCACACGAAGAAAAACAUAGUGAGGAAGCCCACCAUGAAGUCGUUGCUGAAGCACCUCACGAAGAACACAGUGAACCCUUAAAAGAAUUAUCUACUGAGAGCCACGAAUCAUCAAGCGAAGAACACUCAUCAGAAGAACAUCACGUAGAGCCAUCCGAGCAUGAAGCUCUUCAUGACGCACCGGCGCAUAUUGAACAUGUAGAAGAAACCUCACACGAAGAAGAGAAACAUGAAACGAGUCCGCACGCCGCUGAAGAACAUACCCAUGAACAUAUCGAAACAGAAACGCACGAACACAUUUCAAUAAAUGAAGCAGAACACAAUGCUCAACCGCAAUACAACGAUAUCCUUAAAUGUGUUAAUGCAGCGAUUAAUACUGCGGCCGGAGUUGCUCCCCAAAGAUCUGAGUCUCCUCUGACGUACAUAAUACUGAACAAGCCGUGCAUCGAGCCGGACAUGUUGAUUUACGGCUUGGAACACGUAUUAUCGGCAUCGAAGGCCUUCUGUGUCAGAGUCAAGAUCAAAAUGUUCAGUAAAAUCGUAGCUUUUGGUGCCCUCUUGGCUGCAGCCAAUGCUGGCCUUUACGGUCACGGACAUGCCGUGUCCUCCCAGAGCAUCAUACGUCAUGAUGAGGCUCCCCUGCACUACGCCCACGCUGCCCCAGUGGCGCACUAUGCUGCUCCCAUCGCCCACUACGCCGCCCCUAUUGCCCACUUCGCCGCCCCAGUGGCUCACUAUGCCGCUCCUCUGGCCCACUACAGUGGUCAUGAUGAAUACGCUCAUCCCAAAUACGACUUCGCGUACUCAGUAGCUGACCCUCACACCGGCGACCACAAAUCCCAGCAUGAGUCCCGCGACGGUGACUCCGUGCACGGCUCCUACUCCCUCGUCCAGCCCGAUGGUUCUGUCCGCAAGGUCGAUUACACCGCUGAUGAGCACCACGGUUUCAACGCUGUAGUGCACAACUCCGCCCCCUCCGUGCACCCCAUCGCCGCCCAUCAUCACCACUACUGAAUGAACUUACUUGUAACUCGGCAUUAAUUAGACGUUAGUUAAAACGACUAUUUAUAAUCGUGUAAAAAUGUGAGCAUGUGUGUAAAUAAAGAAUGUUUG